AUGCGCAAACCAGUCAUCGCGAUAGCAGGACUGGCAUGCGAGAAUUCCACCUUCACGCCGUCGAGGACAGACGCAGCCGCAUUUCAUCCCAAACGAGGGAAGGAGAUUAUCGAGAAAUACGAUUUCCUGCAUCCAGGCACAACGCUUUCCAAUGCAGCCACGUGGGUGGGUGCCUUGAUCGGCCAUGCUCUUCCCGGAGGUGUCGUGAAGCGAGACAGCUUUGAGCUCCUUGCUGGUGAGAUAGUCUCUCGGCUUGAGAAAAUCGUGGAAGCACGAUGGAUCGAUGGCCUCUGGUUCGACAUCCAUGGUGCGAUGCAUGUUGAAGGCGUUGAAGACGUGGAAGCAGAGCUGCUUAGACGUAUUCGCAAAGUCAUAGGACCUCAUGUGCUUGUGUCAGCCUCGAUGGACCUGCAUGGAAACGUGAGUCGGCAACUGGCGCAUCAGACGGAUUUGGUGACGUGCUAUCGCACCGCACCGCACAUAGACGUCCGGGAAACCAAGCAAAGAGCUUGUCAGAAUCUCGUCGAGCUGAUACAACAGCAGCCAGAGAGCUUGAAAAGGAUGCGACCUCUCAAAGCAUGGGUACCCCUGCCAGUACUCCUGCCAGGCGAGCAGACUUCUACCCGUGUGGAACCGGCGUCACACAUUUAUGCUGCAGUGCCGGGCGUUGCGGACGGGAACGAUGUCAUCGACGCGGCCAUCUGGGUGGGCUAUGCUUGGGCAGACGAGUGGAGGAACAGAGCAAUCGUCAUGGUCACUGGUUGGGAAGAGGCAACCGUAGUGAAAGGCGCUGAAAAGCUAGCAACCAUCUUCUGGGCAUCACAUGCAGAUUUCAAGUUUGUUGCACCGACUGGCUCAUUCAAAGAGUGCUUGGACGCUGCUCUAGCUUCCUCUAAAAGACCAUAUUUCAUCAGCGACAGUGGCGACAACCCGACGGCGGGCGGCUCAGGUGAUAUGACCUGGGGCCUCCACAAGCUACUUGCUCGUUCCGAAUUCAAGGAAGAAUCUGGACCGAAGGUGAUCUAUGCGAGUGUGCCGGGAAAGACUGCAGUUGCAGAAGCGGUCAAAGCUGGAGUGAACGCCACGGUGACUGUUACUGCUGGAGCAGAGGUCGACGAUAUCCAUGCAGGACCGAUCACCCUGACAGGUAGAGUGCACUCAAUCAAGCAUGGAGAUGUCAAUGCCGAGACAGAAGUCGUGCUACAGGUUGGAAGUGUGUUCGUGAUUUUGACGAAACUUCGCAAGCCAUAUCACAAGGAGCACGACUUCACCGACCUGGACCUGAAGCCACGAUCCGCUGCUAUUGUCAUUGUCAAGAUAGGAUAUCUGGAGCCUGAGCUAUACGACAUGGCAGCAGAUUGGAUGAUGGCAUUGACUCCAGGCGGUGUUGAUCAAGAUCUGGAACGACUAGGCCACCACAAGAUCCGGAGGCCGAUGUGGCCAUUCGACAAGAAGUGGGAGCACCCACCAGACCUGACGGCAAGACUGAUUCCACCGUCGAACGAGCCACUGACUGGACCUGACGACUGA